AUGUUGAGGGAGCAGUGGGUUAGAGUGGCUGCACUUAAAACUGUGAGAAAGGCUUUGGAGAACUGCUACAAGAUCUCUGGUCCAAACCAUUACGAAGAUUGCAGGCAGAUUGCGGAUAUGUAUCUGGACAUGCUCAAGGACCACAGGGUUGGUGGAUAUCUUGGAUACCAGAGGAACGACCCUUCGAAAUAG